AUGCCGCCUAGUAAAAAGACUACAACUGCUAUCGAUAAAACUCCGUCCGUUGUUACGCGUUCAUUACGCUCUUCUCGAAAAAGGGAAAAUGAGAUGCAGGAUUCGCCAGUUCCUAGUGACCCACUGCCUAAAGCAGCGUCUUUCAUGUCUAUUGACGACGAAGAAGGGGUAAUAUCAACGUCAUCACAUUCCGUUGGUGCUGUUUCUUUGUCAACGUCCUUCAUGUCUAUUGACGGUGAGGAAGGGAUAUUAAAUGACAACGUAAAUGGUCAAGGAGAAAGUAAUCCAAAACAGGCUGAUGACGUGGUGGUUUUAGGAGAAAGUAGUCUAGAUGGAAAAAGCCUUAGAAGCAACAACAAGAGAUCCAGAAAUGACGACGAAACCAACACCGAUCAAACCGACGAUACGCAAGCUAAAGAUAACGACAAACUUAUUACUGGUUCACAUAAUACUCCCAAUGCAGCAAAAAAACUCAAGAGAAAUGAUACUGAUAAUGUCAUAAAAUCAGGAAAUUUUGCUCCCUCCGAAACACAUACUAAUCCGAUGGAGGUCGAAGAAACUGUAGUAGACCUAAAUGAUAAUCAGAAUCAAGCUGCAAUGCCAGAUGAACCUAACAGUGCUCAAAAGAUUGCGACGAAAAAAGGAAAAUCAAAUCCUCAAUCAUCUCCAAGUUCAAAACGUAAAACCAAAAAGAAGAAGACACGCGAAUAUGAAUAUUUAGUCACUAAUACAAAUUCCGAGCUUGUCGAGCUUGAUAUGAGGUUUUUUAUGAAGAAAAUCUUUUCCGAAAAAAGGUAUAAAAAAUUUACCAAAGAGGAAAAAGAACGAUUAAUCCGUCUAGUACCUUCGAUCGAUAAAGAGCAGAUUACCAAAAAAGGUCCAAAGAAAGACAAAGAAAAAAUUGAAAUAAGCGAACCAGUUGAAAUUGAUGAGCAAGCUGAAGUUGAAUAUCUAAUGAAGUAUUCAGGUCAAAGUGUAAAUGGACCAGCGGAAAUUGCAAUUGAAUCCUCUCCAUCAUCAAAUGUGCCUGUGGAAAGUGCAUCUGUUGCUUCACCAUUCAAAGAUAUCGUGACAGGUGAUGGUGCUAAUUUAACAGUUGAAAGUGCAGCUGAUGCUACUAUAGAUAUGGUGACAAUUGAAGAUUCUGAUCUGGCAGCCGAAAAUGCGGAUAUUAUGACAAUUGAUGGUUCAAACUUGCCAGCCGAAAGUGCGAGUUCAACAUCCACAAUUGAAGAUCACGAAAAAGAGCCUCCCGCUAUGUUUUCCAAACUUGACGCGAAACUUACAAUUAUUAAUGAUGAUAAACGUCCAAAAGAAAAGAUUCGCAAAUAUUUUUUUAACGAUAUGCAGUUUUACGGAUGUGUAAAAUCGUUCCAGGAAAAAUUAAGCUGGGGUCAUUUUGAUCCCAAAUGGAUUAAGAAAAAUGAAGCGACUCAAAAACGACUCAGAAAAACUAUGGAUGAAGACUGGAAGGACUUAAAAUUCGAAGCGAAGUGGGGUCAUAAUCUCAAGCCUAAAGGUCAUAUGGUCGCAGGGGACUCUGCUUCUCUCAGCCUUCAAGAUCUUUGUAAAGCUGCCAUUAUACGAGCCGGUGACGAAUUGCACUAUAGACGCAGCUUUGUUAAAGUCAAUAUUGUUGUUGAAAGCAUCGUAAAUGUGGUAGAAAUCAAACCCGAUGGUACAAUGUAUGUCGUCAAUCCAAAGCGACAAACCUCCCAAUUAAACGCUCCUCAACAACCUCCAGUGAAACAACCAGCAAAACGCGGAAGAAAAACCAAAAACGAUACCGAUGCUGCUGUCACUGCUACUGCUUCCAGUAGCACCACCAACACCUCAUCCGCCUCUAGUAAUACUACUACAAUAGAAACGCCAAUAGCCAUUACUAAAGUCACCUCUCUCGAGACCAAACUUCUCGAUGAUGAUGGUCGCGUCAGCAAAAAACAACGACCAAAUGGAAACGCUAACAAAAACUUUAGAGUCAUUCGAGCUGAGCGUGAUCUAGGUACCAUUUUCGUUUUACGCUCUGAAUACUAUGAAAAAACAAGAGGAUGA